AUGUGUUUAGAACAAAGUGCUGCUGUAUUAGCUGUCACCAACGUUUCUCAAUACAUGGACGAUACAGCCAUAAGAAGAAUGGUAUUGCCCAAACUCAAAAUGGUGUACGAAACCAAUCCCAACGAUUUGAAAAUUGUUCUAAACAUAUUGGCGUGUUUGGAAAUUAUAUUACACAGGCUUGAAAAGCAACAGAUUAUCGAGGACGUCUUACCACUGAUUUGGAUAGUAAACCAGACCGAUCCAGAAGUUAUAGCAAGAAUAGCAGUUAUAUACAGUAUAAUUUUGCGUGACAAGAAAUACGGCCUAUCAGUAAAUAUGAUAGCAACGAAAAUAAUGCCAACGCUGAUUCCACACACAAUGAAUCCCGGUUUAAAUUUAGAGCAAUUCCAAACCCUUAUUGAAGUUCUACAAGACAUGUUGGAACAGAUUGACAGAAACCAACGAAAUAAACUCAAAUUGGAUACAAUAUCCAUGCAGAGCCCAGACAGACACAGGCCUUUAAGACAUUUAUACAGUUCUGACAACAUGCAUGCACAAAACUUCAACAUACCAAACUUGAAAAUUGAAACGCGCAAAACGUCAAGUGCUGAGGAUAUGGUUAGAAAAAAUUCAGCGGGUAGUUGGUGGUUCGGCGGUUCGCCUUCCGGUUCCGACAGCAACUUCUUGCGCGUAGUCAGUUCGUUUCCGAAUCGCCGGCUGUCUGACAACAUGUUGAACACGCCGAAAAUCCGCGUGGCGCCGUCAUGUGCCUCUUCGCCCGGAAGUACGCCGGUUGGCACCGGUCUGCCAAUCCGGAGACAUUCCAACGUCGAGCGCCGCGGGUCCACCAUCAACCUGUCACCGCCAUCGGGCUAUCAGUACUUCAGACCGAUUAACGGACACGAUGGGUCCACAUUGUCGGUGCCAUCAUCGACGUAUGGUGGUAGCAUGCCAAACACAAGUAGCAGCGUGCCAUACUUGCUAAGCUCCAGUAUGAACAGCAUCCGGUCAAGGAGGCAGAGUACAUGUUCAAAUAAUUCUAGUACUGGCAUUCUGCAGCAACUAGGUUCGGGUGUGGUGAAACAGUUAUCCACUUUACAAAAUCCGUAUCAACUGUUUAGCGGCAACAAGUGAAAAGUCGUACUCAACUGACCAAUAACCUGUUAUAUAACUUCAGAAUAUUACUUAUUGCUUAAAUUUUACUGAACGGUCCGACGUCCCGUUUAAGUCUUUGUUUUAUGUACAGCUAUUCCGCCAAACUCGAAACUGUAGUAUUGUACAUCUAUCAACAACAUCAUCAUAUUACAUGCAAUACAGCUAGAAAUCGUCAACAAUUAUUAUUACUACUAUAUUAUUAAUGUCAUAAUUCUUAAGUUUCAUUAUAUUCAUAAUUUAUUCUUGUUCGUUAAGUGUGAUUUGUUUGUUGUUGUUUUUUUCGGUCUCCUCGACGAACCGAGUUAUAUGUUUAUUAUAUUGUAUUAUUAUUAUUAUUAUUAUUAUUAUUAUAUUUGAUACUAUACAGUGUGUUUAAGCUAAGAGGUAGUCUAAAUAUUUCAUUUUGGUGACCUUGAAUUUAAGUGCAGUUUUCUGGAGGUAAAAAGUUGUAUCAAAAUACACGUUAGGAGACAAUUUAAAAUUUUGGGAUAUUUUGGUGCGCACAUGCACAGUAUAACCUAACUUUCUUUUUUUUCAAACAGCAACACUAAUUUUUUUGUGGAUGGUAUUUUUGUUUUAAAAAAUUGUUGUCAAAAAAAAUGUUGCAACAUCAUUACAAAAAUGAUAAAGAUAAAGUUAACAUUUUGGAAUAAUCUGAAAUUGUUUAUUAUAUUUUAACCAUGUUCAUUUAAAUUUAUUUUUUUAUUUUUGAUUAGAUUGCCAAAGUUUUGUCAAAAUUAUUUUUAAAAAGAUAGGGCUGCCCAAAUAUCGUUUCAAAAAUAUAUGGUUCUAUUCAAAAAGUACAAGGUUCAUGUAGAUGAGCGUUUUGGCCUUUUGGGAGAGUUAAAAAGAAAAUUAAAAAAAAAAUUUAAUGUGCCUAUAUAAAUAUGUGUAUAGGAGUUACCACUUAUAGCUUAACAAAAAAGUCUCGAUCCAACCUUAUGUGGCAAAUUUAUUAAUAUGUACCUAAUAAAAAAUUAUAACACCAGCAAUAACUACAAGUAAACAAAAAUAGUUUUCCUCCUUUGCCGAAGACUGUCCAACCAUAAUUACUUACGUUUCUUGUUAUAUUUAUAAAAUAUUUGAUCAUCACAAAUAACUUUAUUAAUACAUUGUGACCAAUUAUUGUUUUUUUAUACUUACAUAAAUUAUUUAAAAUAUUUAACAAAUUCCUAAUGGAGAGAGCCCUCCUCCCUUUCGAAAAGAGUCUGCUGAAGCACACUGUAUAGCAUAAAAUGUACGAUUAUGUUUAAAGAUAUUUUAUUCUAAUUAUUUCAAUAACUCUUAUGUCUUAAAAGUACCUAUACAAUAAUCGGUAUAUAAUUUCAAUGUUUGAA